UUAAAUGAAGACACACAAACAACAUGAGAAGUGAUCUGCCAAAAAUUAAUAUUCGUAGAUAAAGAAAAUUUUUGCGAAAACGUGAAAAAGCUGUUUUCCGUUGUGGUCGAUUUAUUUAGUUAAAGUGAAAGGAACGCAAUGCGUUCAUUUACAGUGUCAUGAUCAUGAUGACUAUGAUGAUUGUAUUAUCAAUGUUGACGAUGGAUGCCCUUGUUGCGCAUUUGGCAUAAUUUACUACGACAACGAAUACCUAGAGGGAGAUCCUGGUUGGGAGGUUUUUACUAAGUGCGAAACGUUGUUAAAUUGAUUGAGUAGCCUUGCACGCACCUACUCACACAUACGCUUAUUAACAUACAAACUGUCACACUUUUCCAGUGGCGCGAUGACUUGAUUGACACUAAUAUGUACCAUCAAGUACAAUAAAUUACUGCAACAUUGUAACAUCUCAUUGGAACAAACAGAAAGACGAAGAAACCCCCAAUGACUGAAUUCCAAAGACUCUUUAAAUUUUACAAAAAACCAUAUAAGAAAUGCAUUCAUACGAAGAAAUGCAGUUAAAGAAAGAGAAAAUGUCAACGCGAACAGUGACACCGACUAUACCGAUAACAACAAUACCGAAAGCGACAACAUCAAAUGUCAACUUGUUCGCAAACAAACAUAACAACGUACAAGAAGCGAAUUUAUUCUAUUACAGACAAGAGCGAGCAUAUCUCACAAAUGAUAAUAAUAAGAGUUUUCGUCACAGGUUUGUGUGGCAAAGUGCUCUGGUGUUUAUGCUAUUGUUGCCUUUGCCGACGAUAGCUGCGAACAGUUUUAAAGCUUACGCUGCGCAUAACGAUAAUUUUCACAUAAAGUCAAUCGCAAUGCAGGACAGAUUUAAGCAGCGAAAUGCAGACAAUGAUGACGCCAACCUCCGUCCUCCUACCCAAGCGCGUGCCGCGCGCGAUAGAUACGUAACGAAGAACGUUUUCGACCAGACACAACGGAUUCCGAUAUUUAAGCCUAUCAGCACCGACAUACGGCCAUUAAUGUUUUUAACGCCAAAAUCUUUGAAUUAUAACAAAAUAGUCGCGAACCCACACCAAUCUGUUAUCGGUGCAGCUGCAAUUGCCAACACUAAGGCUUACCUAAAUUGCACUGGUGAUAAGAGCUCACAAGUUGAAAAGCUUUCUAAUAAAGUUAAUGGAGAAAACAAUGGGGAACAACAACUAAGUUUAGAGAAAUUAUUAAUAGAUUAUAUUACAAAGUUUUUUGAAGAAGGAACAUAUGAACCUUUGCCGGGUCUGUUGGUUGAACUGAAAAAGAAUACCACUAGCAGCGUUAACACAACGGAUCACGCGAGAAUUCCGAGAGAAGCCAAAGUCACCAGCGGCAAAAUUAUGCUUAAAGCGAUGCCGCGGACAAUGCAAACGGGGCGUUUAUUGUUUUUAACAGGUUUGAAAAAAAUUUUAUGGCCAAUCUUUAUGGGUUUACAAAUAUUCAAGUCGUUGCUAAUAGCUAUGUUUAUACCGGCCAUUAUUGGAUCAUUUGGAAAACUAAUAGGAAAGGGUAUAACAUCAGGUUCAGCGCCCUUGUUUAUAAGACCUAUGGAGCCGCCACAAGAGUUGGACUUUCGCGAUAACACUUUGAAUUUCGAAGACGAUAAUAAGUUUAUAGUUACAAUGGACGAUACUAAAGAUAACCCUGCCGCCUUUGCCUAUAAUCAAGCAGAGGCUUCGCAAGUUAAUAACCAAUAUGCGUACAAUUCCAAUAGUCCUGGAACACGCUUAACUUUAAACGAACGCCAGCAUCAGCUUAUGCAAGAUUCGUAUCUUAAUGCUUUACAAAGCCUGGGAUCGGCAUCAUUUAAGAAUUCCGGUUCGCUGUCAGGUUCUUUGUCGGGCGGGUCCUCUAGCCUGUUGGCACCAAUGCGUAGUAAGCCAGCCGCUCCAGCAAAUAUCAAUCGUUUUCAUUCCUUCAAAAAAGUUCCCGAUUCAAGUUUAUUGCUCUCCAAUUAUGAUCCCUUCUAUAGUCCGUUGUUAUCGCGUUUGGAUUCAGUGUUUGCACAAUUGAAACUAAAUUCGAGUAACGAAGUUUGCCGCGAAAAGGUGAUCUGUCUAAUGUAUGCUAGUCCAGCUAAGUACGCUCCUUACAGCAAUUUAGUGUCGGCUCAGUUAAGUCGGGAAUUGAAUGAGUUGCGUAAACCAACUUCAGAUAAUCCUGAUAUCCUCAGGUUCUUCAAGUACAUGCGUGCUGCCAAGGACGGUCAGGACGGUACCGACUGCGAGGAGAUAUUCGAUAGAUGUACAGAAUUCAAGGACUUUGAAAAUCCAGCCAUGGUGAAUACCUAUCAUGAUAUCGACAAGUUGGUGCAAGCACGUAAACUCAUAGCAUAAGCGUACCGCAUAUGCUUUCGCUGUUCACAACGCCCUAUGUAAACGUAAAAUUAUAACAAGGUUGUAAAUAGGAAAAUGAACAUGAUUUGUCUUGUGGCUAUCUCCAAGCUAUUGCUCCCUUGCGGAUAGGCAGGCUUAAGGCAAACAAGCACGCACUUCAUCCAGAUAGCAUUUAUAAUGAA